UGCCUGCUCCGCGGGAUGAUCUCUGCACCGCCCCGGGCGCCCGCCGCCCAGCCCCUCCCCCAGCGCGCACUGGGAGCCCAGUCCCGCCCCCGGCGCGAGCCCGGAGCCCCGCCUAGCCGCUCAGCUCCGCCCCCGGAGAAUGCCCGGAGCCCCGCCCAUCCGGCAGUAAAGCGCAAGCUCGGUACUAUCGCCCACGCUCGCUCCUGCCGUCGGUGUCUGGCUGGGGCCGCGCGUGACCGGCAUGAGCGCGUUCGCGGGCCAGUGACCGCGUCAGGGAUGGACUGCGGCUCCGUCACAAACGAGAGGCCGAAGCGCCGCCGGCGGCUUCUGCUCUCCCUGGUCGCCGGCCGCGGUGGAGGCCCCGGAGGCCGCGGCGUCCCCACGCGCCACCUCCUGCCCGGGCUCCUCGGCGGUCUGGGGGCGCUGCGCCCCCGCGCCCCGGCGGCCCGCGGCGGCGCGUCACGUGCCUCCCCGCUGCUCCUCCUCCUGCUGCUGCCCUCCCCGCGCCUGGCUGCUGCCUCCCCGCGCCGGCCGCUGGCGGACUGGGAGCGCUCGCGCGCCGGGCCCUCGGCUGCCCCGGCGGGGCGCGGCUGCGCGAGGAGGUGCCAGCCGGGCCUGGCCCCGGGCGUCACCUGGGCGGCGGGCGCGCUCCACCUGUGCCUCGGCCAGGUGGCCGCCCUCGCUUCCUCCAGGAGAGAGCUUAGCGUCUGUGCUGGGAGCCUGCAUCUGGAGAGCAAAAGGAGAGAUUUCACCUCUUCUCGGAGUAGGAAGCUCUACUUUGACACCCAUGCCUUCGUGUGUUUACUCGAAGAAAAUGGGUUUACUACUCAACAAGCAGAAAUCAUUGUCUCUGCCUUGGUCAAGAUCAUGGAGGCCAACAUGGAUAUCGUCUACAAAGAUAUGGUCACCAAGAUGCAGCAGGAGAUCACUCUUCAGGAAAUAAUGUCUCAGAUUGCCAAUGUGAAAAAAGAUAUGAUUAUUUUGGAGAAGAGUGAAUUUUCAGCCCUCAGAUCAGAAAAUGAGAAAAUAAAACUUGAACUACAUCAGUUAAAACAACAAGUAAUGGAUGAAGUGAUCAAAGUCCGAACAGAUACCAAAUUAGAUUUCAGUCUAGAAAAGAGCAGAGUAAAAGAAUUGUAUUCAUUAAACGAAAGGAAGCUGCUGGAAGUAAAAACAGAAAUGGUGUCAUUGCACGCCCAGCAAGAUCGGGCCAUCACGCAGACAGACAGGAAGAUAGAUACCGAGGUUGCUGGCCUCAAAACCAUGCUUGAGUCACACAAGCUUGAUAAUAUUAAAUAUUUAGCAGUUGACUUUAUAACUCUGAGUGGUGGUGGACGAAGCAAGGAAGACUCCACUCAGCUGGGCCAGUGAACUUGGUCUAACCUUUGGGACAUACCAACAGUAAAUAUUUGUAUAACUCUCCACAAUUUUAAAUCUUUUGUUUUAAUCGAGGAUUGGGGGUCUCCAUUUAAAAGGCACAGGAGCUUUACUAAGUGCUGAAGAAUCAUUGUAACUGAAUCCUCUUCACCUGCUGACCCAGACCCUAAUGUCAGCCGGUUGUGUUUCAAGGUUGUUAGAGGUUGUGUUAGAGGUUGUUUCAAGUCCGCUUGGUUGGUAACCUCAUGCUACGUUGUACUUUACGCCCAAAAGAGAUUUUUUUCUUGUAAUUUCCACUGUCUUAGUUAUUGUUCUGUUCAUUUUCUGUGUGCCUUCCAGCUAGAAAAUCUUGUUGCCUGAUGAAGCACUGUGAUUGGGAUGCAGACUCUCUCAGCCUCCUAGAGUGGUAACUUCCUCUCCCUCCCUCCCUCCCUCCCUCCCUCCCUCUCACUUGGCCCCUUCUCCUCUCCUCCCUCUUGGUGUGAGAGUUGUUACAACGCCUCAGGUGUGGCACUGCCUCCCUAGAGAACAGACUCACCCUCGGCGUGGAAGUCCACUUCAGUCUGUGGGACAGGCUUUCUUCCUUCUGGUCUUCCAAGGGAGGCACAAGGUGUAACUUCUGUAGCAAUAUCUAGAUGUGUAGAUAGUGCACGUACUUUCCAGAAAUGUCUUUAAUGAAUACGCCUUUGCCCAUUACAAGCUCAGGUCAUAGGCUUUGAAAAUUAGAUAAUUUUCAUGCCAGGUAUCCUAAUCUAGGUUGAUUUCUUUGGUUGUUAAAGACAUUCUCAUACCAACCUUACCUCUGUAUUUAAAACAAAUUCCAAGAUACAACUGGGGGCAUUUUGGAAACGCACAUUCUCAUCUUACUUGAAUGACCUGCACGUAGAGAGAAUAGCAUUUGAGAAACGAUGACACUGAAUGGCACCUUCCUGUCUUUCUCCACAUGCACGCCUGUGCAUAUAACCUGGUCCAGUGGAGAAACCACAUAGAGACUUCUGGAUCAGACUGGUACAAGUGCCCAUCGUCAUUGUUCCAUCCACACUGGUGAAAAGUUACCCUCUGUCCUUUGGGUGUCAUUUCUAAACUUUGUAAAGUGUAAGCCAUUGCCUUGUUUGAAACAUUUGUGUAGCAUAAAGAUUCCGAGCUCCAGAUAAGUAUAAACAUCAAGUACUUUGGCAUGAGUGGUGUAAGUUUCAAAGUGAAUAAUAAUUUAAUCUUUUUUCAACUAGAUCCAAAAUUAUCUUAACUGGCUCAUAAAACAUUUUAUAGAUAUAUUCUUCCCCUUUCAGAGAAGGAGCCCCAGAAAAUACUGUACAUUUAACAACUGCGCUAAGUAUUAAAGAGUUAAAUAAAUGACAUACCAUUCAGACCACCUUUGCGAUAUAACUUUGGCUAGUAGGAGCCUGAAGGAGCUUGGAGCACAGACACUCCUCCAAAAAAGAGAAUCCCCAAGAGGAAACAGUACUGUAUGCAAUUUUGUUUCAAAGCAAAUAAUAACUUUUACAGGUUAAAAACAGAAAGUGAAGUGACCUUAUAUCCUGACAAGAUACUUUUUAAGUAACAUUUCAGUUGGGUGACUUUCUGUCCUCUGUCAGAAGUAUUCCAGAUGACAUUCCUACUGGUGAUGCUGGGGGCCACAUCAGUCUGUCAGUUAAUUUGGACCACUGAUUUUGCUGCAGAGUUCUCUGCAGUACGGAACAGCCCCCCCCCCCCCCAACCUUCCCUGCCUUGGGAACAGUGCACUUUCCUUUUGGUGACCUGGAUUGCAUGCGUAUACGGAGGCUGGGAGGGUUCAGGACCAUAUUCCCUUUCUUUAGUCACAUGUAUUGUAUUUGAAAAGCAUAAGAGCCAGAAAUACAAGUGUACCCUUCCUGGUGUGGACCCAGACGUCUGUGAACACGUAAGUGACUGGGACUGGACACAGUGUGAUGGCUCCUGAGCUCACCUGGCUUAGAGGAUGCAGGUCACUUUAGGAAAUUCGGCAUUAGCACUCAUAAGGGGGAAGAUGCCUGGCAAAAUUCCCAGAUACCCUGCGUCUAAGCACACGGGGAAAUUAGCCAUAGCAAGGUCCUGAAAAUUACCCCUCCAGGCACAGGUGCCUAAAGCAGAAUGUCAGGUGGACAGAAUCUGUAUUUCCUGUUCAUGCACAAAUCACUUAGGAGGUCCCUCCGCCCUCCUGCUUUCUCUCCCUUCCCCUACUCUUUAUCUUUUUUUAAAGAGCUUAAA